CUCGGGGCACCGUGCCGGAGCCGUGGCCAUGGACGUGGGCGCCGACGAGUUCGAGCAGAGCCUCCCGCUGCUGCAGGAGCUCGUGCUGGGCGCGGACUUCGUGGGUCUGGACAUAGAGUUCACCGGCCUGCGCUCCAACCUGUCCGGACCCCAGCAGAUCAGUCUCUUCGACCUGCCUUCCGAGUGGUACCUGAAGACCCGCCAAAGCAUCCAGCAGUUCACCAUCUGCCAGAUCGGGUUGUCCGUGUUCUCCAGCAUCGAAGGGGAGGCCGACAAGUACGUCGCCCACUCUUGCAACUUUUUUCUCUUCCCCACGACAUUCGGGAUUUUGGAUUCGGAGUUCUCCUUCCAGGCCUCGAGCGUCCAGUUUCUGAACCAGUAUGGCUUUGACUACAACAAGUUUCUCAAAAAGGGGAUCCCGUACAUGAAUGAGGAGCAGGAGAGGAAAGUCAAGCACAGCAUCCUCACCGGGAACUGGACAGUGCGCAGUUCCCUGGAUAAAGACCAAAUCAAGGUGGUGAUCGACGAAGUGACACGGUGGCUGGACCUGGCCGAGGAAGGCGACUGGAUGACCCUCCCUGGGAUCGCAGGCUUCCAGGCCUACGAGGUGCAGCUGGUGCUACGCCAGGCCCUCCCCAACAUCUGGACGGCGCUGAAGGACCAGGGGGUGACCGUGAAGAAGGUGAGCAGGCAGCACCGCUGGUACCUGGAGAGCGCGUCCCGCGAGCGGGAGAGCUGCUGGCGGGAGAAGAUCCUGAGGUCGGCCCGCGGCUUCUCCCUGUUCUUCCAGAUGCUGGUGAAGGCCCAGAAGCCCCUCGUGGGUCAUAAUAUGAUGAUGGACCUGCUGCACCUGCACGAGAAGUUCUACCGGCCCCUGCCAGAGAGCUACGACGAGUUCAAGCUGAACAUCCACAGACUGUUUCCCGUCCUCAUCGACACCAAGAACGUCACCAAGGACAUAUGGAAGGAACUCAACUUCCCCAGGGUUUCGAACCUUUCUGAAGUCUAUGAAGUCCUGAACAGUGAUCUGAACCCCACCAAGGGCUCCGGGCCGGUGAUUGUUCACGCCAGCCAGUGUGAGAAGUACGUGGAGACCAAGUACCCCCACGAAGCCGCCUACGACGCCUUCCUCUGUGGCUCUGUGCUGCUCAAGGUGGCGCACCUACUCCUGCAGAGGGCGGACGGCGCCGCAUCCACAUCUGUGCCCUCCUUCUCACUCUACCUGGACGUGCUCACGCCCUACGUGAACCAGGUGAACCUCAUCCGCGCUGGGGUUCCCAAGAUCAACUUCUCGGGCCCAGAUUACCCCAGCAUCCGCCCUCCCAUCCUCAUCCUCAGCGUGCGGCGGUGGCCGGGCCUCAGCGAGCAGCAGGUGUACCGCGAGUUCCAGAACACCUGCAAGUUUGAUGUGCGCCGCCUGUCGCGGGGCCAGUUCCUGCUCUUGACCAACAAGUUUAAGGAUGCCCGGAGCAUCCUGAAAGAGUACCGCGGCCACCCCACGCUGCAGGUGUCCCUCUACCACUACUGGCGACACUCCCCCAACAUCAACUGCCUGCUCCAGGUCUGCAGCGUGGUUACCACCUGGGCACUCCUGGCGUUUCUCCUGGGAAGACCCAGCUCCUGA